AUGUCCAACCUAAAUGAGAAAGCGUUGCUCGCUAUUUAUCGAGUAGCUUUUCGUGUGGCUAAAGCAGGAAAACCUCACAGUAUUGCCGAAAAUUUGAUUUUACCAGCGGCUUUAGAUAUAGCAGAGAUUAUGUUUGGCAAACAAGAGGUCGAAAAGCUCAAAAGUAUACCUAUCUCUAACAAUACCAUUCAACGCAGGAUAAGCAAUAUGGCGACUGACGUUCGUGAUCAAGUCAUAGAAAAAAUAAAGAAAAGUUCUUUUGUGUCCUUACAAUUUGAAGAAUCAACGGAUAUUGCGGGUUGUGCGCAGUUUGUAGCUUUUGUUCGUUUUGAAUCCAAUGAAAUAUUGAUGGAAGAAAUACUAUUUUGCAAGGCACUUCCCAAAAAUGCUACAGGUCAGUUGUUGCAUGACAUGUUCGUUGAAGCUACGCAAGAUAUGAAUAUCGAUUGGGCACAAAAAUGCAUUGCUAUGACGGAGCAAAAGCCAUGA